GAUACACAUUAUUUGAAACAGCGGCAACCCUACUGGAAGCGUCUAAAAAACGCGCGAAUCCACUCAAAAUAAAAAUUUAAAUUAAGCUAAGCCACUGUCUUUGUUACGGAAUCCGUCAUAGCUUACAAUGAGCGAUUUGAAUGAAGGACCGAUGCGGGAGAAGCGCUCCUUUAUUAUGGCACGAGAUCCCAGCGUUGACCGGCGCUUUCGACCGAGGCCACACAAACAGUUGCGGCUGUUUGAUGAUAUCCAUGAAUCAACAGAGAGCACAGAUGGGUCAGACACUGAAUCAGAGUACGCAUCCAAUGCUGGAGACGAUGCAACGAGUGUGGAUGAUAGCAGGGAGGUGGAUACUGGCCCUCAGGUGUUCUUGCGUCUGCGUCCCGUAAGUGUUGCAUCCACAGGAUACUCGCUGUCCGACGAUGGCAAAUGUCUGAUUACCAGCGCAAAGAAUGAAAACAGCAGCAACAAUGUCAACAGAAUGGAGAAGCAUUUUGGAUUCACAUCCAUUUUCGAUGGCUCGGUUGGGCAGCGGGAUAUCUACGAUAUCUGUGUCGGUCCCAGAAUUCUGGAAGAGGAAUGUGUGACGAUAAUGACAUAUGGCACUUCAGGCUCUGGAAAAACAUACACAUUGCUGGGUGAUCAAGUGCGAGCUGGAGUCAUACCCCGCGGUCUGGAGCAUAUAUUCACCACUUAUUUGGGCAAUUUGUAUAGUACGCCCAAGCUAAAGCUAAUCAACGGGUGCAUUGUCUUCCUGCAAGACGACGCCACGCUACGCGAAAUGCAAAUAAGCAUGAAACUGCUGAACUUGUGCCCGGAUAUUAACGCCCAGCACGAGCGACUGAGGCAGGAGAUUAAGAGCGAUCACACCUUCGAGACGAAGACCGAGCCGGAUCUCUCGGUUAUGAUUUGGGUAUCCUUUGUCGAGAUCUACAAUGAACUGGUGUAUGACCUACUGAGCAUACCGCCGCGUCAAGACAAUCUUGGUGCUGUGCAACGAAAGCCCCUGAAGAUCGCCUGCAAUAAAGGUCAAGUAUUCAUCAAGGGUCUGACCACCGUGUUCGUGAAGAGCAGCGAGGAAGCCUUGCGUCUGCUGCGGCUGGGUCAGCAGCGUUCCACCUACGCUUCGACAUCGGUGAACUCAAACUCCAGCAGAUCGCACUGUGUCUUCACCGUGGAUGUGUUGAAGUACAGCCGCUCGGGCAUGACCACCCAAUGUUCGUACAAAUUCUGCGAUCUCGCGGGCUCAGAACGUGUGAACAACACAGGCACCAUAGGACUGCGACUCAAGGAGGCGAAGAACAUAAACACUUCCCUCAUGACACUGGGACGCUGUCUGGAUGCGGCCAGUACUUCGCGGAAGAAGUCCAGCACCGACGUUAUACCAUUUCGCGACUCGAAGCUAACCAUGCUUCUCCAAGCCGCUCUGCUCGGAAAGGAACGAUUGGCCAUGAUAGUGACUGUCACACCGCUGGAGAAGUACUAUGAGGAGAACCUGAACGUGCUUAACUUCGCGUCCAUAGCGAAGAACAUCGUCUUCAAAGAGCCCAUGAUUAAGCAGCAUAGUACCAGAUAUUCUGGAUUCUUUGACAACCCAAAAGCGGAUGGGCAGUACGAUUACAUCAAAGCGUUGGAGGAGGAUAAUAUCAGUUUGCGGGAAGAGAUCGAUCGCUUGAAGUUCGAUCAUGUGCUGAAGAUGCAGCUGCUGGAGGAGAGGCUGCGAAAGGAGCUUACGGACACGUUCCAGGAAAUGCUCCGGGUGAACAAGAAGCAGUGGGAAGAGCAGUCCGAGAAGCAGAAACUGAUGGCCGAAAGAGAGUUUGAGUUUAAGUUGGACUCACAAAAGCGGAUCUACGAAGAGCAAAUUGAGGACCUUAAAGAUGAAAUCGAUUAUCUGAAAAAUCCAGCAAGUGAGACGAGCAUUGAGAGUAUGGAUGAAAUAGAGGAUGAUCCAAUCGAAAUCCACGACGAUGAAUAAAUAGUAACUUGGAAUUGCUCAUUUUUAAUUGUUAGUUCAAGUGUUAAUUACGUUAUAAUUAUUUUUGUUCCUUUGUGUGUGUAAAG